AUGAAAUCCGUAUCUGACAUUGUGAAAGUUGUCAACAAUUAUCGCCUGAUGGUAUUUACAAGAGAUUAACUUUGGGGGCCGAUAUCUUAAGAACCAGUGAUUAUUUCGACAAUUUGUCAACGGCAAAAUUGUUGCAAAUUUCAAGCUCUACAACUUUGUAAUUGAGCAUUUCUUUGCAAAUAGUGUCGUUCUCGAGUUAUAAGUCGAUUCCUAGAACCCCCCCCCCGUACAACUACAAUAGUGACGCGCGGAACCCGUGAGAUGUCCGUCCACUCGGAGGCAUUAGAGUGUGGUCCCAGUUGUUCAUCAAUUUCUAAACUCGAGAGGGCCUUCCAUAAGACCCCGCACUCACAAUUUUUGAGAACCCUGAUCUGCCGGUCAGGGUAAAAGUAAGUAUCAUGAACCAACUGGGACCAGGUACCUGGAAGUUUUUGAUGUAAGAUCCCCCUUUUUCCAGGGCGGUCCCGGCUGUGGGCUCACGUACUUCCUCACGCGAGCCGCCGUCGAAAUGGCGGUCCAGCAGGACCGUCUCGUGGUGUGUCAGUUGCCGUGCCGAGAGAGUUACAGGGCGUUUCGUCGCGAGUUCGAGCAGUUCCGGACGUCUUCCGAUUUUCCCGAAGAGCUAAAAGUCGAACGGGCGGUGGCUUUUAAGGGAAGGGCUACCGACACGGUCCCCGAGUUGACCACGCAGUCCCUGCGGAUCAUGAUCGGAAUCGCGAACCCUAAAGUGAUCGAGUACUCUUCGAAUUUGAUGGACCGCAGAUUUGUUAUGAUUAUAGGUGAGUUGAGCGUGAAGAUUCAUAGAUUUAUGAUAUCCAAGUGGUCCCCGUCAGAUCAUCUGGACCUUUUCAUCAAUCGUGACGUUCAAAUGGUCCUGUCCGAUCGAUUUCCGGUCAUUGCCUCGUUUGACAGCCUGAAUACCAUUCAAAAUCCUUCAAUCCGCACCCAAAUCGAUUUCUGCGAGCAUCACAACUUUGUGCAUUCGGAUCGGAGCCCCCAGAUGCUCCGAUGGUCCAACCGACACCUUUACUCGCGAACCAUUGGGACCAUCCACGGACUUUCAGAGUUUUCGGAGCGAAUUGUGAGGGCAGUGGACACGACGGACGGGUUUGAAGCGGUUCGAAGAGAGAUCCGAGAGAUUAGAAGUCACUGGUCGAACGAGCAAGUCCUUUUGGUCUUUGGGGACCAGCAUCAGGUUGGCUAUAGUCUUUUUGGGGUCUAAAGAGCUCAUGUUGCCCACUUCUCGCUUGACGGUCACAAAACGGUUUCAGCUCGACGAGUACCGCCGCAACUUCUAUCUGGACCUUCUCAGAAGACCGGAGAUCAGAAUGAGCACAGUGCAAAAGGCUCAAUUUUUGCCGCUUCACGACGUGCUCGUUUUCUACACCCAUCUGACGGUCCCAAUUGGUAGUAUUAUCGUUUCCCUUUGAUUUUUCCUCAUCAAAAUGUUCAGAUGAACACCGCGACGCGCUUCCGACACUUUCAAUCCACACGGUCCUCACGCGCGCCGCAAAAAUGCUCGUUUGGAUCGGAAAUCUUCAAGUGCUCCGCGACAGUCACCGUUUUGAAAUUCAGGACCUUCAUCGGUGGGUCCAACGUUUAACGGUUGUCAAUUUUUGUGAAAUUUCAGCGAUUUGAUGGCCAACGCAUCUGGAAAUUAA